AUGGGGACAGGGAUGGAGAUGGGAGUGAAGGGAGAACCCGGCAUCGCGGGCUUCAAAGGCGAACAGGGACCGAAGGGCGAGACGGUGAGUGCGGGGAGGGGGGGUGCUCCGGGCGAGCGUGGCCCCGCUGGCCUCGCCGGUCCCAAAGGAGCCACCGGUGACCCCGGUCGUCCCGGAGAGCCCGGGCUGCCCGGAGCCAGGGGAGCUCGCGGCCAGCCCGGCGUGAUGGGUUUCCCGGGUCCCAAAGGCGCUAAUGGCGAGCCUGGAAAAGCCGGUGAGAAAGGACUCCCCGGUGCCCCGGGAUUGAGGGGUCUCCCUGGGAAGGAUGGUGAGACGGGAGCUGCCGGCCCCCCGGGACCCGCCGGUCCCGCAGGUGAGAGAGGAGAGCAAGGAGCCCCCGGUCCCUCCGGCUUCCAGGGGCUGCCCGGGCCACCAGGUCCCCCUGGAGAGAGCGGCAAACCCGGAGAUCAGGGUGUUCCUGGAGAAGCUGGUGCCCCCGGUCUCGUCGGUCCCAGAGGUGAACGCGGCUUCCCCGGUGAACGUGGCUCUCCUGGCGCACAAGGGCUGCAAGGUCCCCGCGGGCUCCCCGGCACGCCGGGCACCGACGGACCCAAGGGUGCAACUGGACCAGCCGGCCCCAACGGUGCCCAGGGUCCCCCGGGGCUGCAGGGAAUGCCCGGUGAGAGAGGAGCAGCCGGCAUUGCCGGUCCCAAGGGAGACCGGGGAGAUGUCGGAGAGAAAGGCCCCGAGGGAGCCCCCGGAAAGGACGGCGCACGCGGUCUGACAGGUCCCAUCGGUCCCCCCGGCCCCGCUGGCCCCAACGGCGAGAAGGGUGAAUCCGGCCCUCCUGGUCCAUCCGGCGCUGCUGGUGCCCGCGGUGCCCCCGUAAGUGCCAUCCCCCCACACCCCCCCAGGGGGGCGGCUGCUUCCCCGCAGGGUGCCGACGGGCAACCUGGUGCCAAAGGCGAACAAGGAGAACCCGGACAGAAGGGUGACGCCGGUGCUCCCGGUCCCCAAGGUCCCUCCGGCGCACCUGGCCCACAGGGUCCAACUGGUGUAACUGGUCCCAAAGGAGCCCGGGGUGCUCAGGGUCCUCGUGGCGAUGCCGGUCCCCCGGGCCGUGCCGGUGACCCCGGUCUCCAAGGCCCCGCUGGCCCCCCUGGCGAGAAAGGCGAACCCGGCGAGGAUGGCCCUGCGGGUCCUGACGGUCCCCCCGGUCCCCAAGGUUUGGCAGGACAACGUGGCAUCGUCGGUCUUCCUGGCCAGCGUGGUGAGAGAGGCUUCCCCGGGCUGCCGGGGCCAUCGGGCGAACCUGGGAAACAAGGAGCACCCGGCUCUGCGGGCGACCGAGGGCCCCCCGGCCCCGUGGGUCCCCCCGGUCUGACGGGUCCCGCCGGCGAACCUGGGCGCGAGGGUAACCCUGGCUCUGAUGGACCCCCCGGCAGAGACGGCGCAGCCGGCGUGAAGGGUGAUCGUGGUGAGACCGGUCCUGUGGGUGCCCCCGGCGCUCCUGGUGCCCCUGGUGCUCCCGGCCCCGUCGGUCCCACCGGCAAACAAGGAGACAGAGGCGAGACGGGUGCACAAGGUCCCAUGGGUCCCUCCGGUCCUGCUGGCGCUCGAGGCAUGCCGGGUCCUCAAGGGCCUCGCGGUGACAAGGGUGAGACGGGAGAGGCUGGAGAGAGAGGGCUGAAGGGCCACCGUGGCUUCACCGGGCUGCAGGGUCUUCCUGGACCACCCGGUCCUUCUGGAGACCAAGGUGCUGCUGGUCCCGCGGGUCCCUCCGGUCCCAGGGGUCCCCCCGGCCCCGUCGGCCCCUCUGGCAAAGACGGCUCCAACGGCAUGCCCGGCCCCAUCGGUCCCCCCGGCCCCCGCGGACGAAGCGGCGAACCAGGUCCUGCGGGUCCUCCUGGAAACCCAGGUCCCCCCGGUCCUCCCGGCCCCCCAGGCACCGGCAUCGACAUGUCAGCUUUCGCUGGCUUGGGUCAGACGGAGAAGGGUCCUGACCCCAUCCGAUACAUGCGAGCGGACGAGGCCGCUAGGAGCCUCCACCCCUGCCUCCUCCCCUGCCUCCUCCCCUCCUGACCCUCUCCCCCAGCCUCUAGAGGACAGCCAACUCCACGAUGCUCUUUGCUCUGACCUCCAAAACCUCAUGUUCACACACCGUUUCUCCUCCCCGCUGUAGGAGACUACUGGAUCGACCCGAACCAGGGCUGCACCUUGGACGCCAUCAAAGUUUUCUGCAACAUGGAGACGGGCGAGACCUGCGUCUACCCCAACCCCAGCAGCAUCCCCAAGAAGAACUGGUGGACCAGCAAGACCAAAGACAAGAAGCACGUCUGGUUCGCAGAGACCAUUAACGGCGGUUUCCACUUUAGCUACGGCGAUGAAGACCUGGCUCCCAACACUGCCAACAUCCAGAUGACCUUCCUCCGCCUCCUGUCCACCGAAGGCUCCCAGAACGUCACUUACCACUGCAAGAACAGCAUCGCCUACAUGGACGAGGAGACGGGCAACCUGAAGAAAGCCAUCCUCAUCCAGGGAUCCAACGACGUGGAGAUCAGAGCUGAGGGCAACAGCAGGUUCACGUACAGCGUCUUGGAGGACGGUUGCACGAAACACACUGGCAAAUGGGGCAAGACAGUCAUUGAGUACCGAUCGCAGAAGACCUCGCGCCUGCCCAUUGUAGAUAUUGCACCUAUGGACAUUGGUGGAGCCGAUCAGGAGUUUGGCGUGGAUAUUGGCCCAGUCUGCUUCUUGUAAAAAGAAUUGU